CCCUGCCCCCGGCGCGGCCCCUCCCCGCGGGCGGCCCGGAGCGGAGCGCGGUGCCCGGGCCCGCAGAGCCGGCGGGAUGUGCGGGCGCACCGCCUGCUCCCUGGCCGCCGACAACCUCCGCCGGGCCUGCGCCUACCGCGACCGCCGGGGCCGCCGCCGCCAGCCCGACUGGGUGCGGGGGGAGCGGUACCAGCCCUCCUACAACAAGGGCCCGCAGUCCAGCGGCCCCGUGCUGCUCUCCCGCCGCCACCUCCACCAGGAUGCCGACUCCUCGGAGCGGGUCCUCAUGGACAUGCGCUGGGGUCUGGUGCCCUCCUGGUUCAAAAAUGACGAUCCCUCCAAACUGCAGUUCAACACCUCCAACUGUCGCAGUGACACCAUGCUGAAAAAGACCUCCUACAAGGGUGCUCUCCUCAAGGGCAAGCGCUGCGUGGUCCUGGCCGAUGGCUUCUAUGAGUGGCAGCAGCAGCAGAGUGGGGGGAAGCAGCCGUAUUUCAUUUACUUCCCUCAGACCAAGGACGCCGUGGAUGAGGGAACGGAAGGAGAUGAGGAGUGGAAAGGAUGGAGGUUGCUCACCAUGGCUGGAAUUUUUGACUGCUGGGAGCCACCGUCGGGAGGGGAAAUGCUGUACACUUACACCAUCAUCACUGUGGAUGCCUCCAAGGACGUGAGCUUCAUCCAUCACAGGAUGCCAGCCAUCCUGGAUGGGGAUGAAGCCAUCAGGAAAUGGCUGGACUUUGCUGAAGUGCCAACCCAAGAAGCUGUUAAACUCAUCCAGCCCACAGAGAACAUUGUUUUCCACCCAGUGUCCACCUUUGUCAACAGCAUCCGCAACAACACGCCCGAGUGUGUUGCACCCAUCGAGCUGGGAGCCAAGAAGGAGGUCAAAGCCACCCCAAGCAACAAAGUGUUGCUGGGCUGGUUAAAAAACUCCCAGGAGGGCUCUCCCCAGAAGAAAGAAAACGAUCUGCCCAAGUGGAAGAGUCAGUUCAUCCACAGCCCUUCGCCCAAGAAAACCAGUGCAGAUAUCCUGCAGCAGUGGCUGGGGAAGCAGGGAGAGCCAGCUGCGAAGAAGCACAAGGCUUAGGCACCAGCUGGGAUGGUUGGCCAUCCUUUUACCUCCUGAUUUUCCUAAGUGGAGUGAGUCAUGUUUUUUUGGAAGGCUUUGCAGACUGGUGUUGAGAUUGCCUCUCAGGUGUUGAUCCGCUGCUCUAGGUUGUUGUCUCUGUUCUUUGUGUUUUGUUAAAAGUUGGUGUUUUUCUUUAAAGAUUUUGUCUUUGUCUUGUGCUGACGGGAGUGAAUAUAACCUGCUGGCUUCCCUCCCUGCCAGUCACUCGUGCCAAACACAGAUAAAGCCCUGAGAAGCAUCUCAGUCUGCCAGGGAGGAAUAGCUUCUGCCUCCUGUCAGCGUUCAUAGUUCAGGUCUCCUUCUGUUUGCUUUUCUCUUCCCUUUUUUUGGUAUUAAACCGAUACCUCUUUUCCACUUAAUUCCACACUGAUUCUGUACAAAUUCCUUUCCAAUACUCUCUCCCUCAAAAGAUGGCUGUAGUACAGAGAAACAAGAUGUAAAUAUUAUAAGGAAACUCCAGGCUGGGAAGAUCUGCCAGAGCCAUCCCGCUCUGCACCAGCAUUGCCACAUACAUCCAUGGCUCCUAAACAGGGAGAUGUUUAGGCAGUGCCUGGGAGGAACUACACUUAGCUUGGCUUUCCCUACGGGCAGUGGGGUGGGACAGUGUGUCUCAGUCACGUUGUUUGUACAGUCAUUUUGUUAAUGGGAUUUGAAGACUUAGAGAGGAUUUCCUUGAUCUGUGGAGGGAUGCACUCUGCCUUGUUCAUAAAGGUCAUUCAUUAAAGCCCAGAUAACCAAAGUGCCAUUACAGAGCAGCAUAGGGCAGCAUGUUUUUGAGGUCAGGGAUUUUGUAAACACAGCCAGAUGUUACAGACCAAAAGCCUUACACGGUGAAAUCCUUGCUGGAAAUCAGUACUUCCUUUGUAUUGGAAACAAUAAAAUGGGCUUCACUGGCUGACUGUGCA